CUGUGUCGCGGGAAAAAAAGAAAACCAACCACCAGAAUUAACAAGAAGAAGAUGGGUUUGCUGGAGCUUUGCCGGGAGGCCUUCGGUGCGGGCGACCUGUAUCAAGUGCUGGGCGUGAGGCCUGAGGCGUCGGCCAAUGAGAUCCGCCGGGGCUACCACAGGGUCUCCCUCCGGGUGCAUCCGGACCGCGCUGAGCCGGCUGAUAAGGAGCGCUCCACCCGGCACUUCCAGAUCCUGGGCAAGGUUUAUGCAGUACUAAGUGAUGAGGAACAGCGGACACUGUAUGAUCAACAAGGGAUUGUGGAUGAGGAAUCAACUGUGUUGACCCAAGAUUGUAACUGGGAAGAAUACUGGAGGUUGCUGUUCAAAAAAAUAACUGUAAAAAAUAUCAAAGAUUUUGAAAAGAAGUACAAACAUUCCACAGAAGAGCUGGAAGACAUUAAAGCCGCAUAUGAAGACUUUAAAGGCGAUAUGGACAAAAUUAUGGAGUCUGUCCUGUGUGUUGAUUAUACAGAUGAACCAAGAAUAAGACAGAUUAUUCAACAUGCUAUUGAUUCUGGAGAACUUCCAUCUUAUAAAUCCUUUGUAAAUGAAUCUAAGAGAAAGAUAAAUGCAAGAAAAAGGAAGGCAGAAAAGGAAGCUAAAGAGGCAGAAGAAUCCAGAGAAGAAAUGGGACUUGGUGAAGGAGAUGAUGAUCUGAAAGUAUUAAUUCAAAGCAGAAUGGGGAGUAGAAAAAAGGAAAUGGAAGAUUUUGUGGCUCGGAUGGAAGCAAAGUAUGCAAACAAAUCCAAAAAAGGAGGAAAGAAAGCAACCCCCCAAAAAUGACUGGUUGUAUAAAUGAUCUUCAUUUACACUUAAUUUGCAGCACACUUUCAGCAAUUAAUUGAUAAAAAGAAAUAAACAUAGCAGGAUCUUAGAUACAUUUAGCAAAUUUCCAGCAAAAUAGAUGUGAAUGUUUUAGAGGAACAGAUUUUCUGCACAAAUAAAUUGAUCAAAACCUUGCUAUACUAUAUUUCUGUAAAAUAAUAUUGUUUACCUGUUGAAUGUAAAACCUUUAAAAUUAAAAAUAAUUAGCAAAUUGUUAAUCUUAACAGAAGUGUAUCAGAAACAUAUAAGUCAAGCUUACAGGCAUUUGGAAACACUUAGAAAUGACAUUUUGUUGUCAACUUUUCAUAGAUACAGUAGGUAAACUAUUAUCAGGACACUGCCUUGAGUCCAAAAUGAUGAUCGUUUGUAUGCAUACAUAAGGACUAUAUAUUUUAAACAUUGCUAACAAAUCUAGAAGUAAUUUCAACAGUGCUGCAUGAACUGAAAUCUUUACUGAUAAUGCAGCGAGAUUUGAGUUCUGGAAGAGAACGUUUCUUAAAAGCGAUUAAUACGCAAUUGUAUCAAUGUUUGUGAGGGUUUGAAUUCUCUGGAUAUGUGUCACCAAAAGAGGGGUGUGCACUGUCCUUCUGGCUUAUGUAUGAUUACAGCUGGGGAUCAGUCUUUAAAUAUCUUACCUCUCAAAUUGUAUUCUGGAAGAGAUGCUGGCUGUGAUAAAACCCAUAUCCAACCAGUUUGACAGGGUCAAACCCAGGUUGGCUGUAAUGGGAAAACUAAUACUUAUCUUUCUAAUCAUAUCUCUUCCAAUAUCUCUUAUAAGCAUAAAGCAAAAAUAUGCCUAGCCAAUACAAGCAUGAGGCAAAACUGUUCCUUUAAGGUCAGAUAGUUGGCAGGUUGAGAGCAAUAUAGGAAUCAGAGCUAUGGUGAAAGCAAAAACAAUGCACUAGAACAUUGCAUAAUUAACAGGUCAGUUACUCAAAAUGCAAUUAAUAUUUUCCAAGUAUAAAAAUUAAUUUGAUUUUAAACAGAAUUAUUUCUUAUGGCUACCCAAUCUAAUAGACCAGCACCAUGCCAGAAAUUGGACCAUGAAAACAAGCAAAACUCCAUUCGUAGAAUGCAGGCAGCCCAUGUAACCAGGCUCUCGGUCCAUGGAAAAACAUCUCCAUAGAAUUGGUCCCUUGUGGCCAAAAGGUUGUGGCUCGCUGGCUUACAAUAUCAGAAUAUAUAAUGGCAGCAAAAGCAACAGCUCGGGCUAAAAGAGUGAACACAACACACUAACCCCAGUUCUGAAAAUAUUAGGGUUCUGCGCAUAAAUCCAUGGGACCUGGAUUCCCAGGGCUGUAAUCCAUCUGAGCACAUUGCUGAUUUUCAGUGGCAAAGCUUCCUUACCAUUGAGAGACAGCACAAAAGCAGACUUGAUAUAUUCCAAAAGCGUAGGCAUUUUUUCCAUUUCUUAAGAGAUAUCUGCAUUCAUGGUAUUUCUCAGCCAGAUGCAUUAUUUCCCCCACCUAUUUAGUUUUUAGCUGAAUUCACAUGGUUUCUUCAUUGUAUGACACCUAAUUUUACCUUUCUCGUAAAACUACAAUUGAAAGAGUGGUUUGAUAUUAUGCAUAAAUUCAUUUUCUUGCUGUCCCUGG